CUGGCCCCUGCCGGUCCAGCCUCCUCUGUCCGGCGGUCGCUCCCCCCGGCGGCUGCCGCUCUUUUUUCCCUCUCUUCCUCUGCAGCGUCGGCAGGGGACUCGGGAGGGGACGUGAGAAGCAAGCCUUGGUCGCUCCGUGGAUUGCUCCAGCUCCAGGAUCUUGGAUAUCGAUUGUUCAACGAAGCAGCAUAUCGAUUGCUCGAGCAUCGCGGAUAGGGCCUGCGCCAGAGUAGCGAAUAUCAUCUGGCCUUUCUAUCGCCGACACCGCCUCUGUCUCGAUCGCAGACGCUUCCUGAAUCAGAGCUGCGGAUCUGUGGGGACUCGAUAAGUGUGCUCGAGUCGGUGCGCCUUCUUCUUUGUCUGGCUGUGUCGCAAUUCGUCCUUGAACCAGCAAUCGCUCUGCCAAGACUGCAACUACAGAGCCCAAACCUCAAGCAGCGAGCACUCCAAGUUCAAGUCGGACGAUCAUGACGCAGGAUCAGAUGCAGAUCGAUCAGGCUGUCGAUCAGACUGUCGAGGCGAGCCCAGGCUUGCCGGGGAGCAUCGUCGAGGCAUCACAACCAGAGCACCUCAGAAACUGGAACAGAGCGGUCGCUGAGCACACUCGUCAGCGCCCCCGAGUCCACCAGAUGCUCGAGCAGAUGAAGAUUCGUCUCCAAGUUGCAGCUUUCCGCAUCGCCUCCGGGCGAGUCCAGGGGCCUCUAUCGAAUCUGGAGAAGAGCGUGAAGAAACGAUGCCUCGAUCGCCAGAAGAUGCUCGCCGCCAGCACCAGGGGAGCAUUGGCCGUCCUUCCCUCACGCGACGGCCGGGGUGAUGGUACCACCGGAUCCAAAGGCAGCAAAUCGGCCGAGGCUGGCAUAUCAUCUGGCUCAGGCAAAACAAGUAACGAAGAAUCCCCAGCGCUUAAGCAGGAUGCUCAGUUGGGACACGACUCGCCAAGCACAGAGGCCCUCCGAGCUGCCUUUGGGCUGCCAUCCCGGCGACAGACGGCGGUCGCUCGUGCACAUAUAAGAGAGCCAGCCGCUCAAACCAGCCGAGUGCCAGCACGUCCACACUCGAUCCUUGGUUCGUCCCGUGGGAGAUGCGAGUCCCACUCGCUGCCGAGCGGCGGUGGUAGCGGACAAAAUCGAACCGGAUCCACGUUUGCCUCAUGGAUGACGACAGAGGGGCUUGAUACGGUGCCGAUUCAAGCACUGGCUGGAGUAGAAUCCUCGCGGACAAACCACGGCUCUGUAUCUGCCGCACCAGGGGAGCUGAGAGGCCAAGAUGCCACCGACGAUGCAAUCGGCGCAGCGGGACCAUCGCGGAUGAACGCCCUGUCGUCAGCAGAAACUGUGGCUGCUGGAUCAAACGCCGACAGCCACUCGGAACCUGGUUCUGGCCGGCUAUGCUCGAUGGAGGACGCAAUCAUUGAGUGCGCAUCGCAUUCGCCUUACGCACAGCCACCGACGGCACUGGCGGCCGAGCCACGAAUGCGGACGGAUUGAAUCGCCACGCAGAUAGCUGACUCCGCGACCUGGCACCGCUGCAUCAGGCAAGCGCAAUGUGAAUACAGUCCGGGUGCAUUUUGAAGACAGCCGGACGAACGAUCAUGCAAAGUUUGAUAUCGAGCGCUGUGCAAUAGAAUCCCGCCGUCCAUG